AGUAAAGAAACAGAAUAAACAAAAAUUGGUCGGCUGCUCUCUCUUUUUCUCUUCCCUGACCCUGAGCAUAUCCUGAUUUAUCUAGGUGGGUGUUGGUAGGCGUGAGCUGAGGUGAGAGAUAAAAACGCGCCUCAAUAAUUCAUCCAGUCGUCCAUGGACUCCAGUCCCAACCAACAACCAGGUACCGGAGCUCCUGCAAAGCCUUGGGAGCGAACAGGGACUCAUUCAGGCCCUUCACCUUUUAAUCCACCGUCCUCUGGCACUACCAGCGAUGUAGUUGAGGCUUCUGGAACUGCGAGACCGGGUGAAAUUGUUUCCGCUGCUAAUGGGAAUACAGCUGUAAAUAAUAACAACACUCUUAGUCGGCCUGUACCUACCAGGCCGUGGGAGCGACAGAAUUAUGGGAGUACUUAUGGAGGUUAUGGGUCUGGUCUAAACUAUAACUCAGGUUACGGAUCUGGGACUUAUGGAUCAGGAAUGUAUGGUUCGUCAUAUGGCGGAAUGGGAGGCUCUUUUGGUGGUGGAUUGUAUGGUAAUAGCAUGUACAGAGGAGGCUAUGGUGGUUUGUAUGGAGGUUCUAGCAUGUAUGGUGGAGGAAUGCAUAACAGUGGGUUUGGAGGGCCAAUGGGCAAUUAUGGUAUGGGUAUGGGUAUGGAUCCCUAUGGUGAACAAGAUCCAAAUAAUCCAUAUGGUGGUCCACCAUCUCCACCGGGCUUUUGGAUAUCCUUCCUUCGAGUGAUGCAAGGAGUUGUAAACUUUUUCGGCCGGGUAUCAAUUUUGAUUGAUCAGAAUACUCAAGCAUUUCACAUGUUUAUGACUGCACUUCUUCAGCUUUUUGAUCGCACUGGAAUGCUGUAUGGUGAGUUAGCAAGAUUUGUAUUAAGAUUGCUGGGAAUUAAAACAAAGCCCAGAAAACUUAAUCAACAAACACCAAAUGGGCUUCCAGGCCCCCACAACCUGCACGGAAAUCAGAAUUACAUUGAGGGUCCUAAACCUGCCCCAGGUGGUGCGUGGGAUAAUGUGUGGGGAGAGAAUGGCAGCAGUUAGCUGAUACCUCCCAGUCUGUGGUGUUAUUUGCCCUGAGAAACCAACCAAGUCCUGGGAGCUUUGUAUUCAUCAGAAUUUAGAUGGAAGCAACAAUGUACUCUUAUCUACAUAGGUUGAGCUCGACAUGAAGUCCUGUGUUUUCUUAACAUGUUUCUUUCAUCAUGAUAAAAUGUGUUGUUUUUCUGUGAAAAAAAAAAUGUAUUGUGUUUCUGCAUCUGUUACUUUUGUGCCAAAGGACAACUUGGUGUUAAGAUGAGAAAUCUUUAAUUGCAUAUCCAAUAGAGAAAUACUACAUGAGCUGGCA